AUGGCGCGUCGGAAAUCUGCACUCACACCCGAGAAUUACACCCGAGCCAUCAUCUCCCUCUCCAGGAGGUACUCGAGCACCUCGGUCUUCCCAGGAAGCAACUAUGUAGACCUCGCAGAGUGGAUGCUGCAAGAUCGUGGGGUGAACCCCAGACCCGAAGAACAUGCCACCUGCCUCGCUUCGACGGCCGAACAAACUCAUGAUCUAGUUGUAGUAUACGGAAGUAGCGAGAGCAAGUGGGGCGUGCAGUCAUAUAGCUGUGAGCAGCACGAGACCUUUUGCGCUGCCGCGUCGGUGCCGGCGCACGGCUUAGGGCAGAUGAUCUUCAUUCGAGGCUUCAUAUCGCCAUCCUGGGUGUCGGUCCUCGGGAGCAAAUACAGUAUCGAUCCGGAGUUCUUCCGACGCCAUAUGGAUUUCCUGUCCGCGAGUAUCGACAGGCAUUCGUACAGUUUUCCAUCCCUAUCGAGCUCCUCGGAGAAUGUCUACCGACUGUGCGUGAGCACGAUCCUGCAUCGCGACGAUUUCGGCGGACAGGAUCUCCAGAAGCAGCGGGCUCAGGAACUGAAGGAGCUCGGCAUCUACAAGAUCCAGCAGCUGGGAUCGGGGCGAGUACGAUGCGGAGACUCCCUGGUGCGAGAGUACUCUACCAUCUGCCCGCGCUUCUCUGUGAUCGAGCAAUGGAUCUCGCUCUAUGUCACAAAGACAGAGAGAGGUUGGAUUGCGAUUGCCUGGAUGGACCAAGGGAGACCGCUUGAGGAAUCCCCCCCAGGACCAUGGACAAGCCACAUCGAAGCCAAAGCCACACCACUCCCCAUCCUGCAGCACCACCCCAAAAUGGCCUUUCGCACAACCACCAACCGUCUCGACCCGGACGCGAACGCUUCAGCAGAGAUCCAGCAAAGCACAGCCAUCCUUCCCCUGCAGUACGAUUCCUUGAUCGCAAUGGUCAAUCUGGCGCGUCGGGCACCCCAAGAUCCGCUCUCCAUGUGCAUUCCUCUCUUCGCGCACGCGGCGUUCUCCGAAGUGCAGUUCUUGAACCUCCUGGAGUCCAAAGUCCAGGCGCAAAUCAACGCGAUUGCCGAUGGGGUUCCCGCCGACGACGCGCUGGGGGUUCUGCAUUUCUUCUCGAACAUGCUCCAGCGCCAUGCCGGACAGCUGAAAGAUAGUACCCGUGCGCUCUACAGGUUAGCUGAGCGAAGCAGUCCAGAUCUCACGGGAAUGAGAUCACUGAGUCCACUGCCCACAAAUGCCGCGCUGUCGGGUCGCCUUGGCACCGGCACCACGCGUCGACCCAGCGCGGAAUCCGAGGGAGCCAAGAUGGCCGGUGGCUAUGGUGGCAACGGUGCCUUUGCAGCCGCCGGGCUGUUUGAGGAUUAUGAGGAGCUGUAUGUACGCUGCGUCGACUUGUCGAAGAUGUGCACCCAAGGCAUCACUCUCGCAAUGAAUAAAGCCACGAUAGAGGAAUCGCGCAAGGCCAUUGAGCAGUCGGAGCGACUGAAGAGGUUGACUCUGCUGGCGACGCUGUUCAUCCCUCUCAGCUUCAGCUCCAGUCUUUUGGGGAUGAACAUCGAUCUGCUGGGGCAGAAUGCGGUGAGAUUUUGGUGGUUCUUUGUGUUGUGCGUGCCGAUCACGCUGUUUGCCUACAUCGUCUAUCUAUGGGACUUCCAGGCUUUGGUAAGAUGCUGCGUACGGCUUUGGAAAGGAUGUCGGGGGUUUGUUCGAGAUAAGACCGGUGAGAGGUCCAAGAAGGAACCAGGGUAUAUGGUGUGA